CGUUUGUGCCAGCUGAUGUGAAGCGAACGACGGAAGUGCGUAUCUACAAAAACACAGACACGCCCCCUCAUGUUAUUGGCGCGUGUGGCGGACUGGAGCAGAAUGAUACAUUCUGAUAAGAAUAUUUAUUUAAAUCACUCGUUAUAUAUUGAUUUCAGCAAAUUAAUAAGCUUUAAAUAUACCUGCAUGCUCGAAUCAAUUAAUUGCUAUGAGAAAAACUGCUGAAUAAUCAUUCACGAGACGGGGAUGUAAUUUCAUAGCACGAGCACGGAAGCAUCCUGUUGCUGAUCAUGUGUCUGUAGAUCCAUAACAACUGGCUGUAAUAGACAAAAUUUUAAAAAUAACAACAUUUCUAGGUGUAGAUAAAACAAGGGUCACUUUUUUGCCGUAAAAAUGAUGAAAAGCGUAGGAAAGCUUUUUGGGUUAAGGCGAAAAUGCCCGCCCCCCAAAUCUCGCAUUGACAAGAAAAAGACUCGCGUGAAUCCCAUUGAUCGUAUGCUGGAUGACAGCGACGAGGGCUCGUACGCCAGCACCACAAGCGUCAGUUCAGAAAGCGAAUACCAAAACUCCGAGGAUGGGUCCGGUACCUCCGACAGCUCUUACCGAGCACGUGAGAGCGACGGAGAUGAUAGCAGCGAGACGGACGAGAAAUGCGCCGUGCCGCGACGACAGAGGAAAAGAUCCGCCAGCGCUCCUCCGCUAGACGACAGCGAUUCCAGCGACUCUUCCAGCGACGUCGGCGGAGAGCCACUUAGGAGAGUGCUGCAGAGAAAACGGCUCAGGCUGCCGGAGGACUCCGAGGACGAGGCUCUGAGGGAGAGGAAGAGAGAGGCGGAACUGAAAGAAGCUGCUGCCAAGAGAAGAGAGAGAAAGAAUAAACUCAUGGAGCUGUCAAAGAGAAGAAAGUCAGGCACCCCGCGGCGCAGGCGCAGGACGUUGGGUUCGGAAGAAGAGGAAGAAGAGGAGAGAGAGGAGAUCAAAGAGGACAAAGUUGAAGAGCAAAGUAAAGCAGAUGAUUCUGAUGAUGAAUCUAGCGUGGAAGAGAAAGGAAGUCCUCUGAACAGCAGCGACGAGGAAAAAAACGCUGAUAGUAAUGACAGUCUGAAGGAUUUUAUUGUGGAGGAAGAGGAACAGAAAAAGGAAGAUCAGGAAGAAGAAGAAGGGGAGGCCAAAGACAAGACCUUUCUCUCUCACCUUCCACGCCAGUUUAUCACGGGAUCUCAGCUCACCCACUUUCAGGUGGUGGUCAAGGCCUUGCUGAUCAAUGUACUGGACUCAAGCUUUCUCAAGUCACUUUACAAUGGCGAAAGAACAAAACGGUACGCCCAGGAGAUGAAAUCAUCAUUGCUCCAUUUUGAUGAGCGACUGGUCCUUCCACGUCUAGAGAACCUGAAGCAGAGGAGCCGCUGGAAAGACCGUUACAAAGAAAGGGUUGAAUGCUAUCCCAAAUUGCGGGUUAUGAUGACAAGGGUCCAGUCGAAGGGAUGCGAAGCCUGUGAGCUUCACAGAACGGGGCGCUUCACCGUGCGGCUCUCUGGCCAGUUGUACCACACCACCACCCUGCAGGAGGACCAGUUCAUGCCUGAUGAUUCCCAGAGUUUCUUUGUCGGCUCUGUCUGCGCCAGUCGUACCGAGGUCUACCAUGCCCUGAAGCACUUCAAAUACCAUCUGUUUGAGAGGUGUCGCACAGCUUUAGAAGCUCAGAAGGAAAUACAAGAAGAAGAUACGGUAGAGGAUGACGAACCGGUUAAGGACACGGUCAACAAAGUGUUUACGAAACUGCAGGAUGGAGGAUGGAUCAGUGAGCAAUACGAGAAGUUUCAGGAACAUCUCAACUCUGCUGAUUUCUUCCAGGAAGAAAAGCUGGACUGAAAGUGUUCCCUAAUGGCACACACGCUGCCGUUUUAUUUCUGUAAAUGUUUUUUUAAUGUCAUCAUAUAAAGCAUGGCUAACUUUUGAUUUGAUAAAGUGCGUGCCCUGAAUAAUUUUGCAAUUAUACUAUGUAAAUUGCUUCUGCAUGAUAGAUAGAAAUUCAAUACUAAAAAUAUACAAACAAUAAUACAUCCCGCAAUGUAACAAAUUUGUCCAAAUCGUGUCCAAAUCUCGAAGAUUGUGCUUUCGAAGAACUGUAUGCUGGUUUUAUGCUUUCAUUUAUAAAUAAUGUCAUUAACGCUUCUGUGUAAAUGCAUCCAAGUCAUUUUACAGCAUUUCAGUGUUCUUGUAAUAAACGAUUCAUAACCA